AUGGCGAGCACUUCAGAGACGGGAAGAACGCUAAGGAACCGCACAGUUACCAGCAACAGCAUGCAGGAAGGAGUGACAGGGCCGAGACAAGAGAAUGAUCGACCACCACCACCUGAGAGACCUAGAGCAGCCGCGAGAGGUAUGCCAACUGUGGAGGAGGAAGUCGACUUGGGAAGAGAUGAUGAUCUCACACCAUUGGAGCGGAUUAUCCCGGCCCAGAGGAUGGACGAUCAGAUAGAUGGGUUUACGGCAUCAGACACGGAAGAUGACGAGGAAUCGCUUAUCGUGCAUGCCCAGAGGCGCAGAGCGAGGCAACAAGCCGAAUAUCAGGAGGCCCUAGGGCGAGAGCAAGAAAGGCUUAGGCAAGUACAGCUAGGCCGAGAAGCAGCUAGUGGAAUCAUCCCACCCCCAUCUAUUCAAAUACCCCCUAUACUACUAGUUCCACCGCCGUUGACAAUAGCACAACCUCCGGCUCACUUGAGCCACCCAAAUGGCCAUUCCAGUCACGAGAGUACGGAUCCAACACUACUCGCCAUUCUUGAAGGAAAAAGGAGGCAAGAGGUGGCACUAAGAGAGCUGCAACAGAGGAACCUGGCACUGGAGUUUGAGAACUAUCAGCUGCGGAACCAGAGGUCCAGGUCGAGGGGAUCCUCCAGCCGAGGAAAAUCGGGCAAUCAAGGCCGAUCAGGGCGAUUACCACCAACAGCAGGACCGAGUAAUCCUGGCCGAUCAGGGAAACCCCCGAUACCACCUCCCCGAGGGUAUGGUCCACCAGAGAAUUCAUCAAAUGAGGAAGAACGACCAGAAGAAAUGAGAGGUCGUACAGCUCAACAGAGGCCAAGCUCAGGGAGUUAG